AUGAUCCAUGACGCUGUCCGACAGCCACUCAUCAUUGCUGGGGAUUUCAACGUCUCGACCAAUAAGCUCAUCGAAUCGAACUACCCUCUGCGUGCGGGCCUCAAGAUCUUGGCCCCUAACACUCCGACGUGUAAGAUGAAGAAGUCCGCUAGCACUAUCGACUUCGUGUUAGCCUCGUCGUGCUUCGACCAGGACCUUUCGGGAGCCACCGUCCUCGACGAUUACCCGCUGAGCCCCCACAGGCCCGUCCUGUUCCAGCUUAGGUGUGGUCAGCCCUUCAUGGUGCCCGUCCUGGAGAAGCCCCAACCCUUCUCGACUACUAGGCCCUAUGGGCCUUCGAAGUUCGCGCCGUCUUGGGAUAGGACCUCGGCUGCCCUGGACUUCCUGGACCAGGUCAUCGCCCAGGAGAGUGACAUAGAGGCCCGCGUGCUGGCCCUGAGCUCCGCGUACCAGUAUUUCGCUAACGACAUGGCUAGGUCGAUCAGCAUCCGCACGGAUGCGCCGAUCAAGUCGCCCACCAUGCCGCGCGUAGGCCGAGCCCCCCCCGGCGCCCUCGCCGAGCUCGACGUGGGCGGCGAGGUUGUGGUCCAGGCGCACGGCUCCUGGCACUGGCCGCCCAGAGACCAGCAGCACCAGCGUCCGCUCGAUCGCCAGGAGCCGCGCCGAGAUUUCCAGCUGGCGAAGCCGUUUUGGCCCACAGGAGGCGGUGCGGAGCUGGGGCAGCUGGCGGCUUGUGCCGAUUUUGGCCCCGCGCGCCCCCGGCGGGCGGCCAGUCACGCGGCCAUGUCGAGGUGGGGCAUGGGGCAGGCCGGGCAGAGGCCGCCAAUGCCGGCUGGCGCCAGGCCGCCGGCCGGUGGACUGCGCCCGGGCGCCCCGCUGGCGGCGGGCCGCGUGAAGGGGAACCCGGCCGGGGCCGGGGUCCUGGCCGGCGGGGCCGUCAAGCGGGUGCCAGCCGCUCAGCCAGUUCCAGCCCCCAGGAUCGACGCCGCCUUUACGGUGUCCACCCAGUCCAAGAAGGACGAGAUCGGGAUCCAGACGCUGGUUGGCGACUACGCGGAGAAGGGGACGAACCACGGGCGCAAGUACUACAAGAAGGUGCAGAAGAUCGCGGGCCACGAGGACGUGAACGUCUUCCUGUACUACUGGGACGAGCGCGACGGGGCCGACUUCAGCGGCUGGUGGUUCGGGGACGCCCUCGGGGGCUCGCAGGUGUGGGGCCGCGCCGCCUCGAGCGCGCCCACGCCGCCGCGGGCCGGCUGGAAAGUGCCGUGGGACUCGCCGAAGGUGGAGCCCGGGAUUCUGACGGUGGAGCCCUUCAAGGCGGUGCCCGUAAGGCCGGAGGGCGGCCCCGCCCUCCUGGGCCUGCAGUACGGCACGGGCACGCCUGGCAGCGUGGGCGGCCCGAAGUUCGACCCCGUCGCCUACCAGGACAAGGUCAUGGAGGCGAAGAUGAAGGUCGACGAGUUCGAGGUGACCGCUACCGACAUCCUGGCGGUGGCCCAGACGGCCCUCGUGGAGGGGGCAGCCCCGGAGUCCCUUGCGGACAUCAAGGGGUCGCUGGAGAAGCACCAGGGGACGCUGAUGGAGCUCCAGAAGCACCUGACCUCCGAGAUAUCGGAGAUGAGGAAAGGUGGGGCUCAGGCAACCUCCUUCGUCACGGAGAUCUCCAAGCUCUCGCCGAGGCUGAUGAAGCUCAGGCCAGGGAUCCUCACCGAGCUCGGGAAGAUUUCCAAGGUCGCGGGUAAUGUCGAGGCGGCCAAGAAGGUGGCCGAGACAGCCGCGGCUCAGAAGGCCGCGGAAGAGAAGGACGCCAAGGAAUUGUCAGAGAUACUGCCGGUGGCACAGGAGCUGGUGACCGCCGCCGAGGACGCGACGGAGUCGCUGUCGAUCCUGGCGUCGCCCCUCGUGGCGGAUCCGCCGGACGAGGCCGGCGACGCCCUGAAGGACGCGAUGACGGAGAUCGAGGCGGCGACCGCAGACGCCCAGGCCAAGAUAGCGGAGGCCCGCAAGGAGAUCAACCUGAAGCUGCAGGCGGCGCGCCGUUUUGCCCCAGAGACGCGCAAGAGCGCCCUGCUCGAGUUCUCGAACCUGCAGCAGAAGCUCACGGAGGCUCAGAAGAAGCUGAAUCCGUACAAGAAUUUCAGGACGUCGUUCAGGGAGCGUGUGGAGGCUAAGAAGGCCCUGCAGGACCUGACCGACAAGAUUGGGGCCGCCGAGCUCGAGGUCGAGAAGGCCUCGAUGAUGUGCCAGGCGGGGUCGCAGGGCCAGAUGUCGGAGGACGAGAUUACCGCCGCCGAGAAGGUCGUCAAGCCGCAGCAGACCAACCUCAUGGCCAUCCUGAAGACCCUGGAGCAGAAGGUGAAGGCCGCACAGGAGGGGCCCCUGCGGGAGGAGCUGGCACAGAUGCGGGACCGGGCCGCGGGCAUCAAGAAGAAGCUUGACGGCUCCUCCUCGGUCCUGAAGACGCAGCUCGAGGGCGUUGCCGUGCAGCAGACGAUCAAGACGGCCGGCGAGAAGGUGCAGAGCGUGGAGGAGGCCCUGGAGAAGACCCAGGAGGCCGAGCUGCCGUUCCUGAAGGGCAUCGAGGUGCUGCCCCAGGAGGAGUCCAACAAGGCCAUCGGCGAGUCCGAGGCGGCUGCGACCAGGGCCGGCACGGCGGCGGCCCAGGCCAUGAGCUUCAUCAAGCAGAAGCUCGCGGCUGCCAAGAGCUACAGCAAGGAGACGCAGAAGUCGUUCACUGAGGAGAUGGACGUCCUGCAGAAGCGCCUCGAGGAGUCGACGAAGAAGAUCGACGCGUUCAAGAAGGAGACGCUCGAGAGGAAGAUGGCCGCCUUCAUGUCGGAGGUGUCGGAGGGCGUCCAGGCCGCCGAGGAAAAGGUCAAGGCGCUUCAGGAGGCCUCGGAGGUCCUCUCCAAGGACGACCUGGAUGGCGUCUCCACCGAGGCCCUGAAGGAGGCGCUGGAGAAAACCAAGGCGGCGGAGAAGGAGGCCCAGGCUGCCUGCGCAGAGGCCAGGAAGACCAUGGGGGCGAAGACGGCCGCCGCCAAGGCCAAGGGGGGAGAGAUGCUCGCCGCCGUGGGCAAGGUGCAGGGCCGCCUCAACACCGCCCAGCAGGAUCUGGCCAAGGCUCGUCGGGCGUGCCUGAACGGGGAGAAGCUGGUCAAGACCAAGGAGGUGAUCACGGCGCAGGAGGCCAAGAUCAAGGAGACGGAGGAGGAGGUGGACAAGCUCGAGGCGACGUCCAAUCCGGCCGAGUCUGGCCUCGGGGACGAGAAGUUGUCCGACGACACUAUCAGCAAAAUCGAUACAGGUGUCAAGGAUGCCCAGAAGAGCCUGAAGGAGUCUGCCAGGCUCGUGGAGGCCCAGAUACCUGGUGCUUCGGCGUCGCUGAAGCCAGCGCUGGAGCAGCUGCGAGACCGGUCGAAGAAGUGCCAGGACGUCAUCUCCAAGAUACUCGCCGCCACGAAGGAUCAGCGCGAGCGGGUCGUCAGCGAGGGCUACGUCAGAGAGGCCACGGCGAAGACGGAGGAGCUCGAGAAGGGCAUGGACAAGGUCAACGCGGCGGAGCUCCCGUUCCUGAAGGGGCUGGAGGUGCUGCCGCUGCAGGAGGCCCAGGAUACCAUCAAGAAUUCAAACUCGAUCGCUGCAGACGUGCAGAAGCAGGUGACGGACGCGCGCAGCUACAUCGCCGCCAAGAGCCUCGAGGUCAAGAAGUUCACAGAGACCGUCUCCCAGCCGGCCGUGGAGGAGUUCACCAAGCUGACCGAACGCAUCAACGGCACGGCGUCGAAGCUGUCCCAAUUCCGGAAGGACACCGGGCACACAUCGGCGGAUGCUUCUCCACAUCCGCCUCCGUGUCGUCCUCAUCGUGUUCAUUCUUCUAUUUGUUUGCCAGCUUCCAUGGCCGCUGGCCAUCCCCAGGCCGCCGCCCCUGCGCCAGGCUCCCCAUGCAGGCUUCUGGCCCCGGCCACAUUCACGGGGCGGCCGCGGAUCGGGUGGCUCUGGCACGCCCCGC